AUGAAGCUCAAACUCGCAACAGCCGCGUUUGUCUCAGCCGCGGUGGCACUUACUCCACUAUCGUCUGAAGACUACACAAGUAAAAUUAAAGACUGUCCCGGAUAUGCGGUCGACAGUGCUCAAACUGAACAUACUACAAACGGUCUCAAGGCGCACCUCCAGCUGGCCGGUGACGCAUGCAACGCUUUUGGUGAAGAUGUACAGAACCUCACCUUAGAGGCGACAUAUGAGACUAAAGAGCGUCUACACGUCAAGAUAUACGAUCAGGAAGAGAAACAUUUCCAAGUCCCUGAAGAUAUCUUUGAGCGUCCUCAAUUUGAGGAAAAUGAGGCGCUGAAGAACAGCUCUGAUUUGCAGUUCGACUACACAGAAGCACCAUUCGCUUUCUGGAUCACUAGGAGAUCUAACGGCCAAGUAUUGUUCGAUACACGCUUAUCAGAAAUUCCAUCCUACAGCGAACCUUUCGACGCAAAUGAUACAUCGGCAAGCGUCUCGGUGAUGCCUAACCACAAUCUUAUCUUCGAGCCACAAUACAUACAACUGUCAUCGGCACUCCCUCAACAGGCCAACAUUUAUGGUCUUGGUGAGGCUGUGACACCACACUACCGUCGCAACAGCUCCUACACCCGCCAAACCAACUGGUCAAACGACGAGGGCACACCUAGGAACACCAACAUUUAUGGAAGUCAUCCAUUCUACAUUGAAAAUAGAGUGAAAGAUGGCAAGUCUUUCAAUCACGGUGUAUUACUACUCUCUUCGAAUGGUCUUGAGACCUGGCUUAGGGAUGGAGUAUUUCAACAGAGAAUCAUUGGCGGUGUUUUAGAUUACUACUUCCUUUCAGGUGGUGAAGGUGAAAACAAACCAGCAGACGUUAUUCGCAACUACUCUGAAGUUGUAGGCAAGCCAUAUCUCCCACCAUACUGGACAUUAGGAUUUCACAUGACGCGUUGGGGAUACGAGAAUGACAGCGACUUUGAAUCAAUCUUGAACGAUAUGCGCGAUGCAGGGAUCCCGCAAGAGUCAGCAUUCAUGGAUAUUGACUUCAUGCUCGCUUACCGUGAUUGGACAGUCGAUCAAAAUCGAUUCAGCAGACUGAGAGAGAUUGUCGACAAAUUGCACGAGCGUGGUCAGAAAUUCGUACCGAUCCACGACAACGCUAUUCCUAUCACGAGAAACGAGUCAGAUGCAUAUGAUUUCUACACAAGCGGCCACGAGCAGGAUGUCUUUAUUAAGAACCAGAAUGGCACUGAGUACAUUGGACAAGUUUGGCCAGGUUACACUGUUUUCCCUGAUCCAUAUGCCGAAAAUGCUACCAAAUGGUGGACAGAGUCGUUCCAGAAGUUCCACGAUGAAAUUCCUUUCGACUCUAUCUGGCUUGAUAUGACAGAGCCUGCAUCUUUCAACUCUGGGUCUCUCAAUGGGAUGGGUCCUCUCGCUCAAUACCAACCUUCGGAAGUCACGUCGUGGCCAGAGGGUUAUAAUAACACUAUAAGUGGAAACAGCGGAAAUAUUACUAUCGAUGGGGAUCUCACAUACAAGCAACAAUCACAGCAAUCACCAUCGCGUCGCCAGAUGCUCAGUAGACGGAUGGGAACGCUUGAAACGGUGGAUAAUGAUCUGGAGAAGCUCACGUUCCCACCCUACCAAAUCCACCUUGGAACGCCGGAAGAGUUUUUCACGUUGGGACACGAUACGGUAUCUGCUAAUGCAACGCACGAGAAUGGGUUUGACGAGUAUGAUGUGCACAACCUGAACGGUCAUAUGGUGGCGAAGAUGACACGUGAUGCACUCGAUACUAUCUACGGGGGGAACAGAUCGAUGAUUAUAGCGAGAAGCAACUUUGUUGGAAUGGGUACCUUCUCGCAGCACUGGCUUGGAGAUAAUUACUCAACGUGGAUGUCUAUGCGCGACUCAAUCAAAGGAUUGUUCCAGUUCAGUGCUUUCCAGAUGCCAUUUGUGGGUGCAGACGCGUGUGGAUUCGGCGGCAACACGGACGAAGAGCUGUGCACGAGAUGGAUGAUGCUCGCAUCGUUAACGCCGUUCUACAGGAACCACAAUACACAUGGCGCGAUACCGCAGGAGCCAUAUAGAUGGGACUCUACAGCGAAUGCUACAAAGACUGCAAUCAACACGCGCUACCAAUUACUACCAUAUAUGUACAGCACCUUGUACAAACAGUCAGUCGAUGGAACGCCAGUGAUGAGACCGCUUUUCUAUGAAUUCCCAACUCACUCUGAGCUACUCGAUUGGGAUGAUCAAUUCUUGGUCGGCGAUCAUCUUCUCGUGUCGCCAGCGCUCUUCCCUAACGUUACACAAGUCGACGCUUACUUCCCGGGAGAUGAACCAUAUUACGACUGGUACAGCCACCAGAAAGUGAAUGUAACUGAUGAGCACUCUUCAGUUACACUCGAUGCUGGUUUGACUGAUCUCAAUGUACACUUGCGCGGAGGCGCUUUCAUGCUGUUGCAUAGCGAGCCUGGAAUGACCGUCACGGAAACUACAGAGACGCCAUUCAACGCAUUGGUCACACUGAGCAAGGACAAGAAAGCGGAAGGACAGUACUACUUUGACGACGGAUUCAGUCAAUUCAACGAGACAGUCACAUGUGUCAUGUUCAAUGUGAGUGCAGAGGGAAUGCAAUCGCGCGUCGAGAUGAACAACUACGAUAUCGGUCAGCCACUGAACAGGGUGGAUAUUAUAGGCUGGGAUGGAGAGCCACCAAAGAGCGUGAUGAAUGGGGAUGCUCAAGUGGAGUUCAAUUACGAUGCUGAUAGUCAAACACUCUCACUUCACAGCUUGAAUCACAUGCUGAACGAGUCGAUGGACAUUACUUUCGAUUAA